AUGCUUUUUUUAUGGCCUCUUCUAGUGCUGUUGGCAACCUGCUGUGGUUUCGUGGCUACCAGCCCGUUGAACAACCAUGGACCGCCGACAGUGACUCUAGACAAUGCUACUGUAACAGGUGUCGCGUCAGGAUCGGUAAACAAGUGGCUUGGAAUACCCUUUACACUGCCCCCGAUUGGCAAUCUCCGGUUCCAGCUGCCUCAACCCAUCCCCCCGUAUAACACAAGCUAUUCAGCGAUUGCCUAUGGUUCUUCUUGUCCUCAACAGGCUGUGUCAUUACCUGGUGUUCCCCCUGGCUUGCCUACCGAGACCCUUAACUACCUCUCAGAGACGAUCUACAAGAUCGUCCUUCCCAGUUCCGAAGAUUGCCUGACUCUAAAUGUCAUUGCGCCUGCAAAUGCAUCUCCAGGAUCAAAUCUCCCUGUUGUGAUAUGGAUCUUCGGAGGAGGUUUCGAGUCAGGUGAUACCAGCACUUAUGAUGGAUCCUCCAUCGUCGAUAAGGCCAUCGACCUAAACGUACCUGCAGUUUACGUGAGCAUGAAUUACCGCUUGACAGCUUUGGGAUUCCUCGCUUCUGAAGAAGUCAAACAAGCAGGCGUAGGAAAUCUUGGACUGCAAGAUCAGCGACAGGCAAUGAUAUGGGUCCAAAAGUAUAUUAGCGCUUUCGGUGGUGAUCCCACGAAGGUCACCAUCUGGGGCGAAAGCGCAGGCGCCAUGUCCGUUGCGCUUCAUAUGGUCACCAACGGGGGAAAUACCGAGGGACUUUUCCGCGCUGCAUUCAUGCAAAGUGGAUCGCCAUUUCCCGUCGGUGAUAUCACUCAAGGACAAGGUUACUACGACUUUAUUGUGAACCAAACCGGAUGUGCGGGCUCCCCAGACACGCUGCAAUGUCUGCGAGAGGUCCCGCUUGACAUGCUCAUGAACUCUAUUAACCAGACACCAAGCUCCUUUUCGUACCAAAGCUUGGUGGUUGCCUGGUUGCCUAGAGUGGAUGGUGUUUUCCUGACGGCUGAUCCACAAGAACUAGUCUCGCAAGGCUCCGUCGCGAAUAUCCCCUUUAUCACGGGGGAUUGUGACGACGAAGGAACUCUGUUUUCAUUAUCUAGCCUCAAUAUCACGAUGGACUCUCAAGUUGAAGAGUAUGUUCAGACGUACUGGCUUCCUAAUGCUCCGUCCACUAUAAUUCAGCAGCUGAUGCUGUAUUACCCCGAGGACAUUACGCAAGGCUCCCCGUUUGAUACAGGAAACCUCAAUGCCUUAACUCCGCAAUUCAAACGUAUCGCGGCACUCAUGGGUGACGCAGUAUUCCAGGCACCGCGCCGCUUUUUCUUGGAGCAACGCUCCAGCAACCAGAACACUUGGGCAUUCCUGAGCAAGCGUUUGAAGACAGUUGUCGCACUGGGAUCGUUCCACGGAUCCGAUAUAUUCAAUAUUUACGGCGGAAACGACAUGACCUCAUAUCUGGUUCGCUUUGUGACUAACCUUGACCCAAAUGGCGCAGGACAGCUUCAGUGGCCGACAUGGACCUCAAACUCACCAAACCUCCUGACUUUCCUUGACGGCCUGAUCCCUCAGCAAAUUACGCAGGAUACAUACCGUGCUGAUGCAAUGACCUACCUGACGAACAUGGUCAUGCAAUACCUGUUUUUUUGAGAUGGUUUCCUCUAUCAAUGUUUUCGACGCGUAGAUCAUCAGUUACUAUAUAGUCAUAAAUAGCACUACUGCAUAAUCGAUGUAAAAGCGAUGGAGAUUGAGGCAUGACGGACAAGAAGAUUAUAUCGUGAGUCACCACUGCUCUCAUCUUUCAAUGUAGACUGUUCGUUGCCCUCAAGUGUGGCCCAGAACACUUGGGCAUUCCUGACCAAGCGUUCGACGACAGUUGAUCUUUUAGGAUCAUUCCACGGAUCUGAUAUAUACGAUAUUUAUGCCGGAGGCGACAUCACGUCAUGUCUCGUUCGCUUUGUGGCUAACCUCGACCCGAAUGGUGUAGGGGAGCUUGAGUGGC